UUCUGAUUUGAUGUCUACACCAGGGCAACGCUCGAUCAUGACAUUUCUAGUGCGCAGCAAGGCAAUUUCAAAGGGACUUUUUCAGAGACUGCCGACUUUCAAGCCUGUGGUGAUCCUGGCUAACGCCCUGAUAUUAAUCCCUCUCCGUACAAAUCCCAUUGGAAGGCCUCAAUUGCAGAAGAACUUUGGCAGAAGUGCCUUUGCUCGCGAGUUUCACUCAACUCCUAUCCCAAUGGCAAGCUCCUCCGAACUCAAGCAGACUUUAACACCAACUCUCCUUGAUGACGUGCACAAGUUGUGGUUCGAUCAUCUGAGCUGCGAAGAGGCACUGAUUCUACCCGGAUGGAGCGAGAUGGGAAAGUGGUUCUCUCGUGACGAGGCUUUUGACCAGAUCUGCAUCACCCAAUUCCGCCCUGUUCUAGAAACAAUCCUUCGCUCUGGAGCAUCAGCUUCGGACAUUCUAUCUGCAGUUAACCCGUCCUCGCCGUUGGAUUGGCUCAGCAUCAUCAUUCUACUUGACCAGAUUCCCCGCAAUUGCUACCGGGGAGCCGAGUCAAAGCUAGUGUUUGGACGCUUUGACCCAUUGGCCGAGGAGAUUGCCCUUCGCGCAAUUAAAGAAGAUAUACCGACCCAGUCGCCGUAUUUCAUGUAUCGCAUGGCUUAUCGUACUUGGUUCCAUAUGCCCCUUAUGCAUUCGGAAAACUUGGCUGUGCAUGAGAAAGCCAUCAAGGUGCACGAGGAUACAGCCAGAGAUCUGAAUGAGCUUAUAGCUAGGGAUGCAUCGACGCUUACGGAAGAGGAAAGAAAAUGCUAUGGCGUUCUAUCCGAGAAGGGGGAGGCACUUCAGGCAUUCUUGAGCAAUACUUUUGACUUUGAGAAGAGGCAUAAAGUGAUUAUUGAGCAAUUUGGACGAUACCCGCAUCGUAACCAGGCACUGGGGAGAGUAUCUACCCCGGAGGAGAUUGAAUACAUGAACAAUGGCGGGGAGACAUUUGGGUGA